AUGGAUGGAUGCAUAGAUCAGCCCCGGAGGAGAAGCAGGAUGAGAAAAUUUAUGCAGAGGGGGAGGGAGAGCUGGGGUGUUCAUAUAUUGUUUUAUGGUGUGGCAGAGGGGAUGUUGGAGGAUGGUGAGUCCACUCUAAAUUGCAUGUCCGCUGAAUAA